UCCUCCUUCUGUGUGCGCGGCCGCGGAGCUCGGUGGCGGCGGGGAGCGCUGAUAGCUGUGACGCCCCGCUGGCAUCCACCCUGCCCCGAGCGUCCUUCAGCAGCUCGUCGGAGCUGUCCAGCAGCCACGGCCCCGGGUUUGCAAGUCUUAAUCGCAGAGAUGGGGCUGGUGGCUGGUCUCCACUUGUGUCCGAUAAAUACCAGUGGCUGCAGAUCGACCUUGGAGAGAGAAUGGAGGUCACAGCUGUGGCCACCCAGGGAGGAUAUGGGAGCUCGGACUGGGUGACCGGCUACGUCCUCAUGUUCAGUGACGGUGGGAGGAACUGGAAGCAGUACCGGCGAGAAGAAAGCAUCUCGGGUUUUCCAGGAAACACGAACGCAGACAGCGUGGUGCAUUACAGACUCGAGCCUCCCUUCGAAGCCAGGUUCCUGCGCUUUCUCCCUGUAGCCUGGAACCCUAAGGGCAGGAUUGGGAUGCGGAUAGAAGUGUACGGAUGUGCCUACAGAUCCGAGGUGGUUAAUUUUGAUGGAAAGAGCUCCUUUAUAUACACAUUGAAUCAGAAACCCGUGAAUCCAUCAAAAGAUGUUAUUUCUUUGAAAUUUAAAACCGGGCAGACCGAUGGGAUUCUACUUCACAGAGAAGGACAAAAUGGCAAACAUAUCACCCUGGAGUUAGUUAAAGGAAGACUCAUCUUAUCCCUUAAUUCAGGCCGUGCUAACCUGCCCCCCCGUGACGCCCGUGUGACCCUCACCCUGGGCAGCCUGCUGGACGACCUGCACUGGCAUUCUCUGCUCCUGGAGCUGCUGAACACACACGUCAACCUCACCGUGGACAGGCACACUCAGCACUUCCAGGCAAAGGGCGAGUCCCGCUACUUGGAUCUUGAUGAUGAGAUCAGCUUCGGAGGGAUUCCUGGACACGGAAAAGCAGUGGCAUUCCCACAUAAAAAUUUUCGCGGCUGCUUCGAAAAUCUCUAUUAUAAUGGAGUGGACAUCAUUGAUUUGUCCAAGAAACGCAAACCACAGAUCCUUGUCAUGGGAAAUGUGUCCUAUUCGUGCUCCGACCCUCACAUUGUCCCUGUGACUUUUCUGAGCUCCAGCAGCUACUUGGCUCUCCCGGGAGCUGCUGGAGAUGACAAGGUGUCAGCCGCUUUCCAGUUUCGGACGUGGAACAGAGCAGGGCUGUUGCUGAGCAGUCAGUUAAAACACGGGUCAGGGGCUCUCAUCCUCGUUCUAAAUGAUGGAAAACUCAAGCUGAGCCUCUCCCAGCCCGGACAUCCAGCGAGGGACGUCACGGCAGGUUCUGGAUUAAGUGAUGGGCAGUGGCAUUCAGUGUCCUUAUCACUGAAAGGAAAUCACCUGAGUGUGAUGGUGGAUGGUGAAGCAGCCUCCGUAGCUCAUUCCUUGCGUGGACGGAUUGAUUCCGGGGACACCUAUUAUUUGGGAGGCUGUCCUGAGAGCGUCUCUGGCUCUGGAUGUGGAGGUCCCCUGGGCAGCUUCCAGGGCUGCCUGAGGCUCAUCUCCAUAGGUGACAAGGCGGUGGAUCCCAUCACAGUGCAGCAGGGGGCGCUGGGGAGUUUCCGUGACCUCCAGAUAGACACAUGCGGCCUCACAGACAGGUGUUUGCCCAGCUAUUGUGAACACGGGGGCGAAUGCUCCCAGUCCUGGGACACCUUCUCCUGUGACUGUGCACACACUGGCUACACGGGCGCCACCUGCCAUUCCUCUUUGUAUGAGCAGUCCUGCGAAGCCCACAAGCACAGAGGAGACUCUUCGGGGCUCUACUAUAUCGACUCAGAUGGAAGUGGCCCGCUAGAACCUACCCUCGUCUAUUGCAACAUGACAGACACCACCUGGACCUCAGUGCAGCACAAUGGCUCACAUCUGGCCAGGGUCAAAAUCUCAGAUGGAGAAGGUGCCCGCCCUGUGGUGUUCAAGUACACGGCCAGCAUGGACCAGCUCCAAGCCAUAAUCGACCACGCGGACCACUGCCAACAGGAGCUGGCCUUCCACUGCAAGAAGUCCAGGCUUUCAGCUCGCCACGAUGGAACCCCAAUGAGCUGGUGGGUUGGAAGAACCAAUGAAACACACACUUACUGGGGCGGUUCUCAGCCUGAUGCUCAAAAAUGUGCUUGUGGAUUACAGGGGAACUGCCUUGAUUCUCACUAUUACUGCAACUGUGAUGCUGGCCGGAAUGAAUGGACCAGCGACACAGUAGUCCUUUCCCAUAAGGAGCACCUGCCUGUCACUCAGGUUGUGAUGAGAGACACAGGCCAGCCACAUUCAGAAGCGGCGUAUGUGCUGGGACCUCUGCUCUGCCAGGGGGACAAUUCAUUUUGGAACUCAGCUUCCUUCAAUACUGAGACUUCAUACCUUCAUUUCCCUACGUUCCAUGGAGAGUUCAGUGCUGACGUGUCUUUCUUUUUUAAGACGACAGCUCCUUCUGGGGUGUUUGUAGAGAACCUGGGGAUCACAGACUUCAUCAGGCUCGAGCUGCAUGCUCCCUCCGAAGUGACCUUUUCCUUUGAUGUGGGGAACGGACGUUGCGAGGUCACAGUGCGGUCGCCCGCUCCCUUUAAUGACAACCAGUGGCACUACGUGAGGGCGGAGAGGAAUGUGAAGGAAGCGUCACUUCAGGUGGACCAGCUCCCCAGCGAGACCCAAGCUGCACCUGCUGACGGGCAUGCACGUUUACAGCUCAACAGCCAGCUCUUCGUGGGCGGGACGGCCACCAGACAGAGAGGCUUCCUGGGGUGCAUUCGCUCGCUGCGGCUGAAUGGGCUGGCGCUGGACCUGGAAGAAAGAGCAACAAUGACUCCAGGCGUGGAGCCAGGGUGCCCAGGACACUGCAGCAGCUACGGACACCUGUGUCGCAACGGAGGGAGAUGUAGAGAGAGACACAGGGGAAUCACUUGCGACUGUGCCUUCUCUGCAUAUGACGGGCCAUUCUGCGAAAAUGAGAUUUCUGCGUAUUUUGGAAGUGGCUCGUCAGUUAUCUACAACUUUCAAGAACAUCAUAAUCAUACCUUCGGUAAGAACUCCAGCUCCUUGGCAGCUUUAUUUCAUGAGGAUCUGACGCUGACUGGGGAAAUGGCCACACUGAGCUUCCGGACCACAGGGACGCCCAGCCUACUUCUCUACGUCAGCUCCUUCUAUGAAGAGUACCUGUCCGUUAUCCUUGCCCCCAAUGGAAGUUUGCAGAUCAGCUAUAAGCUGGACAGGCACCAAGAACCUGAUGUUUUUAACUUUGGUUUUAAAAACCUUGCCGAUGGACAGUUUCACCAGGUGGAGAUCCACAGGGAGGCAGCGGCGGUCUCUGUAGAGGUUAACCGGAAUGCAAGGAGGCACGUCCUCCUGUCGUCGGGGACAGAGUUCAACGCUAUCAAAUCUCUUACGUUGGGGACAAUUUUAGAGCCUCCCGGCGCCCAUCCGGAUCCGGACACGCUGCGGGCCGGCGCCCGCGGCUUCACCGGCUGCCUGUCGUCCGUGCGCUUCGGCCCCGCCGCGCCGCUCAAGGCCGCGCUGCGCCCCGGGGGCCCCGCCUCGGUCACCGUGCGCGGACGCGUGGCCGCCGCGUCCCGCUGCGCGGAGGGGGCGGCGCCCGGAGCCCCCGCGCGGGAGGCGACCCGCCCGCUGGCAGGUGGCGCAGGUGGUUCUGGACCAACAGAUGAGGGACAGCCCUUAGUUAAUGCUGACAGAAGGGACUCUGCUGUCAUCGGAGGUGUGAUAGCCGUUGUGAUAUUUAUCUCACUCUGUAUCACUGCCAUAGGUAUACGCAUUUACCAGCAGAGAUGGUUGUACCAAAAAAAUGAGUCAAAUAUUCCAAAACACGGAGACAAUGCUGAGACCGCUCUGAAAAGUGAGCUCAACCUGCGAAGUACAAUCACCGAAAGCCAGAAAGAGUAUUUCUUCUGAUGGGCGGCGGCGGCUCACUUACCGCCCUGGUGACGUGACUUUUGUGCUAAGCCAAGGGUUCCCGGUGGACGAAGUCCCCCCUGUUGUCUUCUCGGGACAGCCGGUGGCCGUGGCGCACCGUCCGCUUGCUCGUGUGUGGGCCCAGGAGGCUCUGCUCAGCGCUGCUUCACGAUCGGUUGAUGUAGAAGUGACUUAGGUGUGCUCGCUGAUCACUGUGUGGCAGUUUCUGACUGUUCUGACCUGAUCUUUGAAAAUUCAGAUGUAUUUUGCAUAAUGACUCUGGGCGUUAAGUGAGGACAAGGAUGUGAACUGUGGCUCUACUCUCUUAAAAAGGAGACACAGACGUUUAGAGAAGCCAAAGUGGGACUCUGAUGUGUGUUGCGAGGAGAUCUGUAUCUUGCUCCCUUUAGCCAUCACCUGCUGAUGCUCGUAAAGCAGGAAGUGCUGCCCAGAUGGUCUUCGAGCGGUUUCUAUCUUCCUGCAUACCAGAGCCUGGUGGCCAAAAAUGCAUUAGGAACUUGGAAAAGACCACUUUUCUGGCUGCUUGUUUUUACUAAUUGUGUCUUUUAAGUCAGUUUGUGUACAUUUUAGUGGUGAAGUGCAUCUUGAGUGUCAGCUACGAAAUUCUAGGAUUCUGUUCAUUCAAGGAACAGAAAAGUGCAUAGGUAGCAGAGUGCGUGAAGCAUUCCGAUCUGCAACACUUUGCUUAUUUUUCUUUGUAACUGCUCAUUUUGACCUUUGUAGAUUAUGAUAAAGAUCACCUAAUGAGCUCCCCAAGACGUAUAUUUUCUAACUAAACCUGUGCCCAAGUAUAAACUCUAUACUUACCCUUGCAAAUGUAGCCUUCAUCCAUUUCAUUUAAAUGACAUAUAAUCUUGAAUUUAUUUCCUUCAAAUGUGGGGCGAUUUGGUCACUGUUCUUUGUCGUCCUGUGGUUUCCUUUCCUCUGAGGCUAUCACAACGGUUUGAUCUCUUAUGACUCUCUUUUCAUUUACUAGGGAAGAGUCACAUUUGGAACUAAGGCUCUCCACUUCCUUUUCUAAAUGUUGACCUGAUCUAGGCAAACCAUGCCCUGAAGGUAGAAAGAUGCUUUUGAGAAGGGAGGGUGCAGGCUGUCGGAUCUGCACUAAAUCUGUCAUUCUGGUCAAGCAUCUGGGAUCUUGGGGUCAGCCUCCAUUAGAGCACCCCAAAUCGACUAGCCCAUUUCACAGUAGCGUAUAUUUGGAUACUAGGGGAGCCAAGAAUGUAUAUUAACCAUGGGAAUCGUUCCAGUAACGACUUUGGUGGCAGUGGCCAUGAGCUAAUUGCAUGGAGCCCACCCUUUGCACUCAGUAGCCAGUUACGAAUAAGAUGUACUGCAUCUUCACAUGCCACUCGCCAUGUGCCUGCUGGGAACUAGAUUGCUCACUUUGACCACCAGAGGACCACCUGGAACCGUACACAUUUAGCCUUGCUACUACCUUUGAGUGUACACCUACUUUUUUGUGAUUUUUUUUUUUAAGAAUAGAAACAGAUAUCCUCUAUACUAAGUUCUUUCUCAAAAAAUCCUUUUUUCUUAUGGUUUCAUAUUAGUUUUCUAUGAGGUAUAACAACUUACUACAAUUUAGUGGCUUCAUGCGACACAUGUUUAGCGUCUCUGUUUCUGUGGAUCAGGAGCAAGGCCCGCAUUUCCUGUUUCCUCCAAGCUUGCAAUUAAGUAUCAGUGAGGCCUGUGUUCUCAUCUGCAGACUCAGCUACGGAGUCCUCGUUCUGUGGUUAUUGGCAGCAUUCCGUUCCUUACUUCUGGAAGAUUCGUGCAAGCCUGUUUCUGUUUAAGUCGAGUGAGAGAGUGAGAGAGAGAGAGACACUCUAGAGCAAGUCUGCUAAUAAUAGGGAGUUUUAUGUAACACAAAGUGAUGAUGGGAAUGACUGUCCAUCACCUUUGCCAAAUUCUGUUGGUGGAAAGCAAGUCACAGGUCCCUCCCACACUCAGGAGGAAGAGAUUCCAUAAGGGCUUGUAACCAGCAGGCUGAGAUCAUGGGGGCCACUUUAAAGUCAUUCGACCACAGUACUAUAUGUUUAUUGAAGUUUCUUUAAGUGAACAGUGAAGGAUUUUCAGGAUCUCAAUACAGUAAUACAUGAAAAGCCUACCUUGGUGAAUGAUAUACGUACUUUUCAUCCAAAAGGUCUGUGCAGGUGGGGGUAGGAUUCAACACAAAAUGAUAAGCACUUUUUGUUCUAUGGAAGGCAUAGUUGAACGUGAACACCUGAAAUCCUUGCAACUUUAACAAAUGAUCAUAUUAAGUUCCAAAUGAAUUCAUCACUUUGGUAGACGGCAUUUUACAGGUUUAUAGAUAGGGCAAUCCAUUGUACUCUGCUCCCUUGUUAAAAGAGAAAACAAAACGUUUGUACCAAAUUGCAGUGAUGUAUAAUCCAUUUUCCUUUACCGAUUUGUAAACUUUAACCUGCUAAUUUGUUAAUAAAGUAACAUUUUUGAAUUAAAUUAGGAAAAUAUUUUUAAGAGAAAUUGACUGGAAUUUGAAUUAUGAAUUAUAUUGUUUUUUCCCCUACUCUAUUAAAAAAUGUGCAAAUGUCUA